AUGGCGCUCCCACUCAGCUGGAUUACAGAAUACAACUUCUCUCCCAUAUCCUCCACGUCAGCGGUGUGCCUCACGAGAGAUCUUGCACCAGAAGAGCCGGCGGAUAUCUUACUGCUCGGAUGCGGUGAUUCUAGCAGCAUCUUGUACACCAUCUUCUAUGAACCGGACAGUGGAUGCCGUCGCUUGGACUUCACAUGCUGCGACCUGGAACCAGCGAUUCUGGCUCGCAACGUACUCCUCUUCACGAUGAUCGCUGACGGGGAAUACGAUACCAGCAUCAUCUGGAAUGUAUUCUUCCACGUCUACCUGGACGAGGAUGCAUUUGUGGCGUUGAUCGUGCAAUGCGAGAAGUUGUACGACUUCUCCGAGAGCCUGCAGCAUUGGAACGCUUCGCCCUACGGCCUGUUUCUCAUCAUGUGCACGGAGCAUACGUUGGAACGCCUUCGUUACCACUGGUACUUGUACAUGCAUAUGCACGAGCUCUCGUCUGAGCGUUUGGACACCCUCCGCGAUGCCUUCGCGGAGACAUCCGACCUACCGCUGGAAGAAACCCUCCAACUUCGGUGGAACUGUAUGCGUUCCGCAGGUCCGUUGAAGUUCCCGGCAAACCUUCUGAACCUGAUCUUCGAGUUAUACCGCAAGAUCGGCAUGCCAUCCUUCGACCCAGACCAGUAUGAACGCUCCACGGCGCUGAACCCAACAUUCGUUUACUCUUUGCAGGGCCUAGAAUUCAAUAUCGAUAUGGUCACUCACCCUCUGAACCCUUUCCAUCUCGCUGUUAUCAUAGCCAACGGUUCAAAGUCCAUGUCUCUCGACGAGCUUGUGGAGGGUGCUCAGACACAAUUUAGCGAGUGGUCUGCGGCCUAUUCUGCUGCUAUCCAUUCCACUGCUACCCCCAUUCCAGUUGUUCGCCUGUUCUUAUCCGAAGCUACUGCCGCAUGUCGUGCAUUGCGAGCUGCCGGGACAACCGGGGCACUUGACUCAGAGCCUGUAGGGCAUUGGACGACACAGCAUAUCCGUCUUAACAAGGACCAGUAUCGACCUGGGGGUGCUCCAGUGAGAUUCAAUGUCAUCCACACAUCUAAUCUAGAAGACCACAUCGGACUUUUGAACCUGAUGAUCUCUGCAAUCCCGGUCAUGUCUUCUGCGCUCUCUAGUGUGCUCUACACGGAGUCGCUGAAGUCUCGUGCAAAGGGCGACGGCCAGCCUAUGGUAUAUGAAGAUGGAGAGGAGAAGCACCUGCCAUUAGAGGACGGAGCAGAAGACUUCACGAAGCGCUUAUACGCAGAGAUGUCAACAAUGAGUCUCCUGCUCGGUGUAUGCCCUGUGGACUAUCUCUCCCGCUUCACCACGAGAUCAAACACGCACGAGGUCAUGCUUCAUACCGAGCACAGACAGCGCGGGACCAAGUCUUCCUUCCUCCAGGUGAUGACAUGGAAGUAUGCUGCCUCGGGUGAUACAUCUGCAGCGCGGAACGUAGACACAGGCUACCCUGUACUGGCGGGAGUUCUCAAGUUUGAUCCAUGCCAGCUAGGGACGCUUCUUUCCCACAUUUAUCGCCGAAUAUUCCUGACACAUCAGCAGGACAACAUUGCAGAAUUUUCCGGCGAGCUAGACGAACAACAAAGAAAGAACGCGCUUACCAGCGAGUCUAAUAUUGUUUUUCACACACGGGAAAGCUUCAUUCUGUUCCUGAAGUUCGUGAAGGACCGGCACUGCAUAUCAGAUGAACAAUGGGAGCAGGUCAUGGACGUAUUCAUUGACAUCCACCGACACGGUGACUUUCUUACUUCGGACGAUCAGUUCCAGCACGAAUUAUAUUCUCAAUUGCACCUCCACCGGCUGUAUAGGAUGUCUACCGUCCAAGACGACGUAUCCAAUAUCAGUUUUUUGUCUGAGUGGCAGUCGGUGGCACCCAUUGUCCGCAUUUUCCUUAUCAUUCCGCGCGAACGUCUGACAUUUUUCGCGGAAAUCGUGGAAGGCUCGGGUGUCAAUGUCGUCAAUUUGCAAUGCAACGUCGUGGGGAAACACAUUCACAGUACUUUCUCGUCCGUCAGAGCUGCAUUUGGCAGUGCGAUCAGGACAGGUGCGAAUGCGCAUCCGUCGGUGCUUGUCGAGGAGGACCCGAGCGGUUGGGAUGGAACGUCCCCGCUCGUGGCAUCAUUUGCCGUACCUACGAGGCUACUGGCUGUAGAGGAUGUGGAGGAUAUUCUCAUCUCCUUCUCAGCCCGCGUCGCCCCCGGCACUGUUGUCUUGCUUGCGCAGGAACUGGGAUCACACCUCAAUCUUUUCACCGCGAGGUUAACAGAUGAAGCCCAUGUGAUCAUCUCUCCAGAAGAGCCUCCGUUGUUGGAGAAAACUUCGGACACUUCCCCACGCUCUUCACCUCGAGGCCUCUUGUUGCAGAUGGGGCUACCAGGGGGUGUAAGCGUCGCGCUAGAUGAGCAGUGCGAACGUAUUUCGUCCUUGACCUGCAGUGUGGCCGUUGAGGACGAAGAAGUUAAGCAUCUGCUCCGGUCAUGUCAAGAGACCCCGUGGGCUAAGCAGAUCUCACCUUGCACUGUACGAGUCAAUAUGGUCAGGUACAGCCAGGAUAUGGUGUAUCCCUUCCCUGUAAUGGGAUACGAGCCCAAGGUGCAUUGCACCGACAUGAGAGAUGCAUUUCGUGUGGAGGUGACUGUUCCGCCAUCUGGCCCCGACAAACUCGACGGUAUUAGGUUGACUCCAUUUCCGAUAGUUCACACCGGUGAUGGCCCGAGAAUCCGCCUCUGGAAUGUUCACUACGUGAAUCUGGAUCGUUCGCCUGUUCUUGAUCUUACGGACCUGGAGCACACUCGAUUGUGGCUCCACCACCACGUCCGGUUUACGAAUUCCACCCGAGACCACAAGAUUUUAGUGAAGCAUUGUCGCGAUGAGACUGCUAGCACUCCGGCUGAUAAUCUGACAUUACUCAAGAAGACAAUAAACUGGAUGUUCCUGCAUGCAUCGGGCCUCAUGACAUUCGGAAGGAUAUUUCCACUAUAUGAUAAGUCUACGCCGAAUAUAGUGGUCCACACAAUCUUCUUCAUCAGCGAACUGAGGUUCGAUCUGCAUUCUCACACCGUGAUCUGCGACGGAUAUGUGCUCUCAAUGACCGCGCAGAUCCUGGCCAUCCCUCGGAUGCUAGAGCUCUUCAAAAAGCUCAUUCUGGGGACCCACCGCUUAGUAGUUGACAAACGCGAGACGCAGGCAUGGAAACACUUACUUCCUGCACUGGUCGAGCGCUGCAGAAUCUCAUGGCAACAUGGCGACAACUGCGAAUAUAAGGCCCAGGACAGGAUACCACUUACCAUUCAUUCGUAUGCGGAUCCGGUCUGUAGCUGCGGGAGAGGAAACCACGUCGAAGGGAUGUCUGCGUUCGGCGAGUGGUGUGAGUUUGCGCCGUAUGUGUCCCGGAUCGCGCUGUCGCCAUUAUUUGCUGUCACAUGGCUGGAGACUCUCGGUCAAAUCCUGGAAACGCACAAGUGCUUCGCCUGCGGACAACCGGGCCGUCCGAGGUUGAUGACAUGUAUGAGAUGCAAGAGUGUGCGGUACUGCUCUAGAGAAUGCCAGAAGAAGGAUUGGAAAGCUGACCACAAAUCCCGAUGCAGGCCUCAGGGUGUUCUGUCGUAUUAA